AUGAUUAUUCAUGUUACUCAUUUACAGGGUUUCAAAUACUUUGCUCUUUACCUGCGUGGAAGAGAAGAGCUUAUCUGCCGUGUGCUAAAUGAACCUAUGGUUAGUGCUUUGACAAAACAAAUCUUUCAUAAUUACUUUAAACACAAGUGAUGUUUUUUUAAAUAAAUAAGUAAAUAAAUAAAUAGAUUAAUACAUAAAAAAUUUAAUGAAAUCAAGGCUGUGAUCAAGUGGUCAAAAUGCCCUGAACCUACAAAAUGAAGGUGCCCAGCUUCUAUGGUUCAGAAAAUUCCAAGUAUGCCCAUCCCCCUCCAUCCUCCACUAGAGUUUAUACAUGCACAAUGUAGUUGCCAGGUCCCAUCAGGCAUGGUCAGAACACAGCUGUGAUUUUAAUUAAUAAUAUACAAUAGUAAUAAUACAAUAUCUGUUUUAUGGUCACUUCGUUCCAUGGUCAGAUCAUUCCAUUUCAUAGAUCGUUCUACAGUUUUCGUGUAAAACUCAAUGUGAAGUGCACUUUUUUCUGCUUAUGGCUUAAAGAACAAGGUGUACACAUGCGUAUUGCCCUUUUUUUUAUAGACUUAUGAAAAGUUCUGACUAUAUUGUACAAUGUAAAUUGAUAAGACUAUUUACCCUUUAAAUUAAGCCCUAAGGGUGAUCAGUGUCAAAUUUCUCCUUGUAAUAUCAAUCCUUUGUAAAAGAGAGUGGUCAUGAGAAUUACAGACAUGAUCACACAGGAUGAAUUUGCUUGAUAUUUUAAAAACUUCUCCCCACUGUUUAUCUAGGAAAUGAAUAGGGGCUACAAAUGAGAAUUCAAAUUUUGAUCUUUGGGUGUAAGGGGUUAAGUGGAACAAUCUGACUAGGAACAAUCUGACGAUGCCAGAACAAAGUAACUGGAUACCCAAUAUCUUACAUUUCUCAUCAUCAGUUUGCCCUUAAACCCUUUUAUUCCCAGCANUUUUUUUUAUAGACUUAUGAAAAGUUCUGACUAUAUUGUACAAUGUAAAUUGAUAAGACUAUUUACCCUUUAAAUUAAGCCCUAAGGGUGAUCAGUGUCAAAUUUCUCCUUGUAAUAUCAAUCCUUUGUAAAAGAGAGUGGUCAUGAGAAUUACAGACAUGAUCACACAGGAUGAAUUUGCUUGAUAUUUUAAAAACUUCUCCCCACUGUUUAUCUAGGAAAUGAAUAGGGGCUACAAAUGAGAAUUCAAAUUUUGAUCUUUGGGUGUAAGGGGUUAAGUGGAACAAUCUGACUAGGAACAAUCUGACGAUGCCAGAACAAAGUGACUGGAUACCCAAUAUCUUACAUUUCUCAUCAUCAGUUUGCCCUUAAACCCUUUUAUUCCCAGCAACAUUUUGUGAAGGGUCUAAAAUCUAUGAUUUUUGCAAGUCCCCAGAAAUCUGGUCAUAUUAUGAUGCACCAACAUCUGAAAAGACAAGAUUAAAAGGAAGAUCUAGCUUUACUUUUGACAGCGGAGCAAAUUUACCCAGAAAUGAGUAAGUGUUAGAUGUCGUUGUUGUCAAUCAAGGCAUUGCAUUGAGACCUUUAGACAUGGUUCACACGAGCCUUGAAAAACUUUUGAAAAUUGAAAAAUUGUGGGGUAUCCUUGAAAAGUCCUUGAAUUUUCCACAGAAGUCCUUGAGUAUUUUUGAAAGCUCCUUGAAUGAAAAUAACUUUCAUUAAAAAAUAUAUGUUUUGCGUAAAGGAAUGAUUGAAAGCACAGUAAUACACAAAAAUUUUUGUGGUGAUCAUGAAAGUGUUUUCUUUAUAAAUAUGAUUUUGGUGUUCCCAACAUAUUUCAUUUUCCAUCACUUGAGUUACCCUAGGAACUGUACCUUAAUGAAGGCAGGUAUUACAAUAAGUGAACCCCCUUCCACCUACGCAUUUUAAAGGUCUUUACUUCAUUUUAUUGGGGAAGAAAAGUCCUUUUAAAAAUGAUUUUAGUCCUUGAAAAGUCCUUGAUGUUUUCCCAAAAAAUUCUGUGUGAACCAUGUUUAGAUUUGAGGAUGACUAUGAGGAUGAGAUUUUACUUUAAGUUUUUCUGCAAAUAUUAAAAAAAAAAAGACUCCCUGGAAAGCUUCAUUUUACUUUUCCUCACCAGGCUAACAUGGUUGUUUUUAUUGAAGGAGGUUAUUGCAUUUUCCCACCAAAAUUAUGUUUGUUGAUGUGUACACACUACUUAAUACUACUUAAUUUUUUUAAAUCUUUUUUCCUCGUAGUUUUCCUCUAUUUCUUAGUUGUGUUUUGACCCUGACUUCGUCUCUCUCUUCACCCCUUCCUUUUUUGGUUGUUUGGUCAUCAACACAUUGAACUGUCAAUGGUUUUACCCACUUUCCAACAACUGCAUUGUUUAUUUAACAAUAUUAUUAAUGAACGAGGCUGAGUAUCUUAUGGAGAAUUAUGGAGAUCGAGGAGGGUGUUAUCCGUCGAGGCCGUAGUGUAUGGAAGUCACAUUGAAACUUUACCAAACCAUUUUAAAGUAGUUGAUUGUUAUUUCUUUGGUACAGGAAGUCCUUGAUCAUGUCUACUAACACCCAAAAGAGGUAAUACUGUAGUUACUUGAAUGAAAUAUAUAUAUGCACUGUACAUUGUGCAAGUAAAAUGCACAUGUUUCUUGGCUCCUGUUGUAUUAUUUGUACAGGAUAUUGAGUGAUUUAAGUUGCACAGAAUAAAGCUCUUGUGUUUGAAAUUUUAUUUUGAUCAUAACCAUCAGUGAAAUUUAAUUUGAUUCAAGUUAAAAAUUGAAGGACUUAAAAUGAAAUUUCAAACAGUAAAUGAAAGCUGUUAACUUAAAUGGAUAUUUUUAACAAGUUAUGAUAAAGGAUCUUGUCAUAUUGUAGAUGAUUUUGUCUUUUGGUGCUGAUCAAAACCUUGUUUAGACAUUGUUUAUAAAUACAUACUGGACAGAUAGCCUGUAUUACAGGGCUGUCAUUCAAUUUUUAAGCAGCCGUAGCAAAUGAAGAUUCACCCAUAACAUCUCAAGAAAAUAUUAUACAUGUUUUGUCACCUUUAGCUUUUCAAUUUGAUCAUCCUCAACAUCAAGUUUGCUCAGCCAUAACAGGUGUUACGACCAGCUUAAUGACAGCUCUAACUCUGUACCCUUACAUCCGUUUAUGACAUAUUGGGACAGUGAUCUGAGUAAAGAAUGAGAAAUUGAUAAUAAAAAACUGAGGCACAUAUAAAAUGGUAAAAUUGAACUGAGUGCAGUUUGGUCAAAAUCAUAUGCAUGAUUUCAAAAUUGAACUAGCACACACCGCGAGUUUUGAUUUGAAAUCACAAGUAUGAUUUACCAUGUAACAACUAGAAAUAGAGAGAUUUAGAAUAAUGUUACUGUAAACCAUAUAAUGGCAAAUGUCAGUUUGUUUGACAUGACCAAGUUUUUUUCUUGUCAGUUCACUGUUCAUUAAUAUAAUUACAUUUGCACAAAACAAAUGCAGUUUUUUGCCAGUUUCAUCAGUAAGAAUAAUAUUAAAUAAGUAGUUUGCACAGUUACUUGACCAAUUGAAUUUCCUAUUUUUAUGAAAUUGUCAACUUGAAUCUCACAUUUGCCAUUUGCCAUAAACCUGAUUCUGUAUCUCUCCAAUACUUUUCUGUAACACAGUUUAAGUGGCUAUGGCUUCAUGGACAUUGGUCUUCCUCCAGCGAGUCCUAGUGACAAAGAUAUUGAUUUAAAGGUAAAGUUGAGUUCACUUAUACAGAUUGAAAUAUGAUCUAUUGUACAAGAAGGCAGUAUUAUAAACAAUUCAGUUUGUAAUUAGGCAUGAAGUUGUAGUGAUCAAUGAACUUAUCUAGUACCUCAUUGCAACAUUUGCCUUGAUCUUUUUGUUCAGUUCAUUAAACAACACAAUAUUCCUCCUCAAGUUUCUUUUGUUUGAAUUCAUGAAUUUUUUGUCUCAUAGCCUUAGAAUUCAGGAUACAGUACAGUAACAUCUUUUAAUAAUAUUGUAUGCAUAACAUGUACAAUAGGUCAUAUUUGUGGUCUGAAAAUUUCCUUACCAGGUGGUUUAAUUAUUUUAUAUAUAAAUAGUUUGUUUCCUUUGCUCCAGAUAUAAGGGUAUAGCUAUAUAGAAUGGAUGUUAUAUAAUCUUCAAAACACAUGGGUCUCAGAAAAUUUUGGCCUGAUCUCCAAAUCUCAGUCAAAAUCUUGUUUUGGGGUGAUUUUGCAUCUCGGUGUCUCAAUUGAAAGUUUUUACUAAGUCUUGGUCUCAAAUUUUAGAACCCGGUUCUCACAAUGUCUCGAAUUUACCAUUCUACACCCCCAGAUUUUGUACAGUAACGUUAAAUCAUAGAUAAGGAAAUAGUAACAUCAAAUCAUUCGCCUUUCAAAUUUCCAUCUGCCAAAGAUAUAAUACCGUAGUUUUAUUGUUGUUGUGUACAUUAUUUUUAAAUGUGUAAUCAUCUUUUCUCAGGAUGACAAAUCAACACUUUUUCUUAUUGCUGCUUAUGCUCGAUACAAUUGUCCUUAUGUAUGGGUGAGUGCGUCUUAAAUCAUUUUACAUCUGAUGUAUAUGGUGCAUUGUUUUCCCUAAAUCUCCUCCAUUCCUUGGCUUGUUGUGUGACUUAAUGUACAAUGUAGUAAGCAGUGUAAUUUAGUAACACAAAGAACCUGAGUCAGAACCUGAGAUGGCCUUGGUUGUUGUCCAAAGCACUGCAAGUUGCUUCUGAUUACUUUCCCCUGCUUCACAAAAAAUGAGAUGAUAUGAGGAUAUUUAUAAGGUGGAAUUCAGUUUGCUUCCUGCUUAUGGCAAAAGCUGAAUUACUUGAGAAAGACAUUUCUUAAAAGAUCCCUCAAGAGCUUCACUUUUGGCUGUGGCUUACCUCAGUGUGAGUGGCUAGUGGUGGGUAUUUACAAAGCCAUGAAGUGAAACAGUGCAAUAACUGAGCACAAAAAUGAUGGUUUUUAACUCAUUUACUGCUGCCAACAAUCACAAUUUUGGCGCGCAAAUGACCCAACGGCUAUCGUGUUUUCUUGCUGACAAAUAAAACUUUUGAAGGCAUUUGUUUAGCCAUUGUUGGGAAAUGUCUUCAAAAGGAGUUAUGAUUUUUUUUUUGUAUUUGAACCUAUUCUGUAAAAAACUAUUAAAUUUAGUUUUAAUCUUAAAAAAAAAAGUUUUAAUCUUAUUUAUGAACAUGUCAGCUAAAUAAAUUAAUACAAGACUUAAUUUGCAUUUGUGAACAAAUAAAUUCUAACCAUUUUCAUUGAUAGAUUCAAGUCAAACAGACCAUGCUUUACCUUUCGGGAACAGCUUGUUUGAUUAUUUGUGAUUCAAUUUCUUUGUUUGUUAUGGCGACAUAUGGGGAAACCAUUUUGCUCGUAACUUACACAAGUUCGGCUUCGCUUACUUGGAGGAGCUGGAGGUGAAUCAGUGAAUAGCACUGGAUAUCCUGAGUAGCCAAUCAGAGUGUGCGAAAAACACUAUCCACUGUUUUAGUACUAAAUCUAAACUAUUGCAGGUGAGGUCAAACCAUGAGAGACUGGUGACAUUUGAAGGUGACUCCAGCAGCAAGGAGAAACAGAAAGAUAGUCCACUGAAACUCAAGUCCACAGCAGGGUGGAAACAGAGAGGUAAAAAAGAAGCUACAUGUUCAGUUUUUAACUAAAUUAGACUAAGUGAGAGUGGCUAUGUUGAAUUCUCAUAAAUACACCAUCAUGAAAAAACAAAUCAUGAAAUCCACUUUAUGUACCUGAGGUGUCUGCUUGUAGUUAAGGCCUGCUGUUUUCUGACUACUGUUAUUGAGUUGUGAUUUUCACUGAUUGUUCUGGCAUAUUUUUAGAACAGAGCUGUCAUUAAUGGCCAAAACCAGUAACACCUGUUACAGCUGAGCUUACUUGAUGUUACGGGGUGAUCAAUGUGAAAAGCUACUGAAAAGGUUACGCUAUAAGUUUUUGUGAGAUGUUAAGAGUGAAUCUUCAUUUGCUAGUUGGGUACUUCAGAAUUCAAUUGACAGCCCUGUUCGAUGGGACAUUAAGACAGAAUCCACUAUGAAAUUGAGUAUUAAUUUUAAUUAUCAGUGGACAAAAACCUUGUACCAGAAUAAUUUAAACAAUAUUGUAUUCUUGUUGACAUGUAAUGAGUUAUCUGUAAUAACAUCAAAGAAAAUCCUUAUGAGAGCCCGAGAAAGUAAAUGUCAAAUUUCACAACAUGACAUCUUACACAUGAGUUUUUCAGAAUUUACCUAUGUUUUCUUGUAGAAUUUAACACUUAUUUUCUCAGGCUCCCAUGAGAACUAGUCUUUGGUGUUAUUAAAGAUAACUAGUUAUAUCGAUAGCCCUCGAAAAGUGUAAAAAAGAAUGCAAUAUUUUUCAAUAUUAUUCUGGUACAAGAUUUUUGUCCACUGAAAAUUAAUAUUACUCAAUUUCCUGGUGGUUUCCAUCUUAAAUACUUUGCAAAAAUGUUUUUUUGUUUACACUACAGUUGAUGGUUUCCUUGUUUGCAUUCAUUUUGGCUGAUGAUUUAAAUAUUUCGCUUUCAGAUACCAAACUCUGGGACAUAAUGGCUGAGGUUGUAAAACUCUGCAUGUACCCUUCUCCACUGAACCCCUUUGCUGUUGACUUCAAGUACUUUGAAGGACUACCUCUUGCGCAGAGAGUAAUCGCAACAGGUGCCAUGGCACAUUUCUUACAGAAAGUUGUUGCAUCUGGGGAUCAUGCUUACAAUGCAAGAGGUACAUUACUGUUCAACCAUUUCCAUCAUUCUGAACAUAAUUCCCUUUCACUCCCACUAGUGGCCAGUGUACAAAAAAACGAGAACAAAAAUUCCAAGUUCCUGUUGUAAAUCCCAAGAAAUUAAUGGCACCAUGCAAAAGACCUGUCUGUUGAAGAGUUUCAUUUGAAUGAUAAAAUUGUGGGACUUUCUCCACAGAUUAAAAAGUCAGGAAUGACUAAAAUAUAUAUGUUGUUAUUGUUGUGCAUAACUUUCUCUUUGAUAGUAGUGUAAGGGUUAAAUAUGCUUUUAUUGGAAGGUGCAAAACUUGCUUUUCAACUCGUUCCAAGCCGCCCGGCUUGCUAACACGGUAACUGAAUCCAUAGUGGUUAGUUGACCCAGCUGAUGUGGAUCAGUGCAGUCUGAGCUUGUGGUUGCAAGUGCUAGUUAUGAGCACUCUCCAGGAGCAUAAAAAAAUCUUGAAUUCCAGCUUGUCCUUUGGGAAAGACAGUAGUCUCCUUCACAGCAAGUUUGAGCUUGUCACACAAGACUCCUUUUCACAAAUGGCUACUUUCUUUUAAACCACAUAUCAAAUCAAAUUACACAAAAACCGGAAAUGAAAACCUUAUCCUAGCAAAAGUGAGGGCAAACACACCUUAGUUCACCACAGCCCUGUUUGAUGGGACAUUAAGGGACAAACACGCCUUUACUUCACCACAUGACAACACAACUUACCACUUGGACUGCUCCAAAAAAUGGGCAAGGUAAUAGGGUAGGAAAAAUGUUUGUCCUGCACCGAAGCUGUACUAAAAGAGGCCUGUAAUCACAUGCUCAGGUGCUUAAAUAUCUACCAUUGUACUUCCUGGAUGCACCCCAUAUGUGGAGAGGAGCGUUGCAUGACGAGCCUUAAAACAGUUGUGAAGGAGACUAUUGGGAAAGCAGCCCUCAUAUCUUUCUCACCCAUGGCCACUUCUUGUUCUUCUUAGUUAAUGAUUUUAUUAGAGGAUGAUGUGCCUGGACCCUUUCCCAUUGGGCAAGUAAGCUUUAAAAGUUACUUGCCCGGGAAAAAUCUACUUGUCCUGGACUACCUGACAGGACUUUUUUUCAAGGCCUGGGUCAGUUUGGAAGGAAACUGUUGGGUGGUACUAGUGGGACAGUGGAGCACAAAUUUGGUUUUGUUGGCUAAGUUACUGAUAAUUAUAAAAGUAAUUCAGCCUUUUGAGUACCAGCCUGCUCUCUCAUUAGCACGAAGUAAAGAAUUGUGGGUUGUCUGUGGGUCAAAGUGUAGAGCUAAGAAGAAAAAGGAAGAGCAUGUAUAAAAAAAGAAAGUAUAUGUAUAAACAAUAACAAAGUUGCUAAAAGAAAAGGAAAUAAUAUAGACUGAAUAUGCAGCUCAUACACCAUUUCUAAAUCCUUUCAUGUUUAAUGACUGUCAUGGUACUUGUACACAAAAGGUUUAUUCUAUUUUUGUAACAGGUUUUUCUUUUUUUCCAUUUUAGUAUUUGAUGACUUAGGAGAG